UAGGGGGAAUUUUAGGUGCCCUGGGGAAGAGGAGGCGGAGGUGAACUGGGAAGAAGAAUGGAGCACCUCACAGCUGGGGAAAAGGAGGCCUUUAAAACUUCAGGUUUUCUUGGAAGAUUUGGGGUCUUCAUUCCAAGGGCAGCCUUUUGCGAGAGCGGGAGGUGAGCCUAAACCCAGAUGUGGGCGUCUUGGGAAGGAGCUGGAUCGGCCUCCUGGAGCGCAGCCCCGGAGCCCGAGGACUGGUUAGAAUGGCUGGCGGGGAGAAGCCCCCAGGCAGAGGUGGGAUGGGGCGGGGCUGCUCCUCUGCCCCGCCCCCAGACCCGGGCACACCCGAGGGCAGCGACCCCAGCGCUUUGGCCGGUCUGGGAGGAGGCUCCCGGGCGCAGCUUACCACUACAGGGGCGGCCCCGGAUCACAUGGGCGGAGGCACCUCCCGGAGCUCCGGGCGGGCUCUCCCUAGAGCCGACAAUCCUCGGCGGCGGUGAGAGCCACAGCUGCCCCCUCUUCGCUCAACUUGCGCACCGCGUCUUGUACCGGGGGGACUGGCGGCCCCGGCUGCCAGAGCCGCUCAGACAUGGCACUGACUGUGGACGUAGUAGGGCCUGCGCCCUGGGGCUUCCGAAUCACGGGCGGCCGAGAUUUCCACAUGCCCAUCGUGGUGUCCAAGGUGACUGAGCGAGGAAAAGCUGAAGCUGCCGAUCUCCGACCCGGGGACGUCAUUGUGGCCAUCAAUGGGGAGAAUGCAGGAAGUAUGCUUCACGCGGAGGCCCAGAGCAAGAUCAAACUGAGCCCGUCCCCGCUGCGGUUGCAGCUGGACAGGUCUCAGUCAUCUCCUGGCCAAGCCAAUGGUGGAAGUUCCCUGGAGCUGGCCUCCUGUUUCCAGAACCCCAUGAGGACCAGAACUGACAGCCAGACCUCAGUAAGAUCCUCUUACUCCAGUCCAGCUUCCCUCAGCCCUCCGCCAUCCCGAAGUUCGUUUUCCACCCCACCCCCAGCCAGCUCGCACCCCCUGCCAGGAGAGGUGGUGAACAGCAGCAGUUUCCAGAGCUUGUCGUAUUCCCCAGCUUCUGUCUCUGUAGAACACCUGAACUCUGGGGGCCAUCUUAGCAGCCGGCAGGCUGGGCUUGGUCGAGCUGGCGACUCUGCCGUCUGGGUGCUGCCGCCUUCCCCAGGGGGGUUCCGAGGCUCCCAGUCCGCUAGCCCCAAACGAUCCUCCAGCCCCAAGCGCAGUGUGGACUUUGAAGGGGGAGGGCCUUAUCUAGAAGAAGAUUCUGAGGUCUUCAAGAUGUUACAGGAGAAUCUCGAGGCUCGGACCGCCCCUAGACAGUCCAGUUCCUUCAGGAUGCUGCAGGAGGCACUGGAGGCCGAGGAGAGAGAUGGCACUUCUGCUUACGUGCCCAGCUCGCUGAGUCCGUUGGCUUCCCGGCCAGCUGGUACUGCCCAGACCACACCACCCAGACUUCACAUCUGUGAGAAAUGCAACACCAACAUCAUGAACCAGGCUGUACGGAUACAGGAUGGGCGGUAUCGACACCCUGGCUGCUAUACCUGUUUGGACUGUGGGCUAAAUCUGAAGAUGCGGGGCCACUUCUGGGUGGGUGAUGAGUUGUUUUGUGAGAAACAUGCCCGGCAGCGCUACUCAGCCCUCCAUCCCCUCAGCUCCCACUCCUGAAGGGCCCUCUUGGAUCUCUCUUUUCUCUCCCCCCACUCCCAGACCUUUCAUCUGAGGAACUCUGCUGGGGGUCUUUGCCAAUGGGAAGCUUGUGUGGAAGAGGAGGUGGUGGGUAGUGGGAUCCUGGGAGCUCUUGGGAAUUGAGUUUGGGGACCAUUUCAAGGAUGGGAAUAUUUUUUCUGCCAGGCCCUCUGUCUCCAGGUGCAGGCGAGGAGGGCAAGGUCUUAGGCCCAUUUAGAGCUAUAAAAGGUGGUUUUCCUUUUCAAGGUGGGGACCAUGUCACAGGGUGAGUGGGCUGUGCACCAGAUGCUGAGCUCUUGGUCAUACAUAGGGUGAGGGCUGAGUGGGUUACAGUGCAAGGCAAAAAUGAUUUGCUUUGAAAGCCAUUGCGUGUAAAGAUAUGGAAAUAUAUAUAUAUAUAUACAUGUAUAAAUAAAGUAGAUGAUACUGCAUCUCCCUCUUGGCCCUCUUCCCUCCCAAUAGUUUGAUUCCAGGCUUUAAAACUACACGGAGAGGGUUCCUUAAUACAAACAGGUUUCCUUCUGAACUCAGGCAGGCGUGAGUGCUGGGUGACUUGUGGAGGGGAGGGCCUUCAGAGUGGGGUGGGGGAAGUCUGGAGGGUCUGCAGACAAACUAUGCUGGUUCCGGUUUUGCAUUUGGUGAACCAGGUUCAGGGUAUGUAUCAAUUAUCAUUAAUAGUCUUAAAAAUAACACAUCUUCCCUUAAUACUUUGAAGUUUACAACUUCCCUGUAAGAUUCGUAGUUCAAGGCUUGCUAUUAUUUUACAAAUGGGAAUGAGGCUCAGAGAUGCUUGUAGCCUUGGCAAUAAGUAAAUGGAAGACCUGGAAUUGAAUCCCGUAUCUCCCGACUCCACAUCAAGUGUUUUUGCCACUCUGCCAUAUGGUUUCACUCUGGCAUAAAAUGCUCUGCCUGCAAUCUUGUAAACUGUAGUGAAGACUGGCUAUACCCUAGGUUGUCUGUGUAUGAGUAUGUAUGCAUACAUGUAUAUUAUCUGUAUCUCUGUCUAUCCAUUCGUUCAUUUGUACUUUUAAUAAAUGGGCGGCUAAGUGGCACAGUGGAUAGAGCCCUGGGCUUGGAAUCUGGAAGACUCAUUUUUGUUGAGUUUUGUGAGUUCAAACGUGCCUCAGCUUUUCAUCUGUAAAAUGAGCGAAAGAAAGAAAUGGCAAACUAUUCCAGUAUCUUUGCCAAGAAGAUCCCAAAUGGGAUCCACAAGAGCUGAAUAUGACUGAAACAACUGUACAAACUUUUAAGUGAAAGACAAACUGAGAAUGCUAGUCUUGGCUCGUUGAUUUACAAGCUACAUAUAUAAGCUUUAACAUAUAAUUGUACGCACAACAAAGAUUUAGCACAUAUAAGCUUAACAUGAAACACACACUGUGUGUGUGUGUAUGAGAGAAAAUUCAGUGCAGCCGAUUCAGAGCUGUAUAAAGUGCAGAAGGUGUAAAUGGUUGGAAUUUAUAAAAAAACAAACAAACAGAAAAACACUUCCACAUUUUAUUUCUUUUUUCUCCUUCCAUUAUUUAGUGUUUUAUCUUUCCCCAGUUACUUUUAUUUUUCCCCGGUUACUCUAUUUUAUUCCUAUACAGAAGUAGAGCUGUGAUGAAACCAUAGUCUGAGCAGAAUUUCUGUUCUAGACUCUGGUAUGAGCUAUUUGCUUGAAAUUGUGUAGACUACUGGUCCAGACUCGGAUUUACUCCAUUAGAAACACUAUGUCAUAUGCUGUGGUGACCCAUGCUAAUAAGUACUCUAGCCCUGGCCUAAGGUAGCUGACAGGCAGGAGUUGAGCACCUUGAAAAUAAGAUCCACCUUGAAUCUUCAGGUAGAUGGGUAGGGCUCUUUUCAGAGGGUAACCUCAACCCCAACAUUCAAACAUUAAAAACUCAGGUUGGCCCACAUUUGGGGCCAAGACUGGUCUGAUCUGUGAUUUCAUUAAGGCUAAUAAUAGCUUAUUUGACCCUUUCAUUAUUUACUCAAAAGAUAUUAUAAUCUAGAUGGACAAUACAUAUGAUCAUAGAUUUAGAACUAAAAGAAACUAGACUUCAGAAAUACUUUGAUCCACCCACUCUUUUUUUUUUAAAGCAGGAAUUUAAUUAAAAAUUUUUUUCAAUUAACAAGCAUUUAUGUUUUCUCCCUCCCAUUUCUCCUCCCAUUGAGAAAGAAUGAAAAACAACCUCCUUGUAACAAAUAUGCAUAAUCAAGCAAAAUAAGGGCAUUUGACUAGAUCCAAAAAUGUCUUUCAUUCUACAUAUUUAGUCUGUUGGCUCUGUUAGGAGUGAGGAUGGUAUUCAUUGGUCCUCUGGAUUCUUGUUUGAUUAUUUUAUUGGUUAGAGUCCUCAACACUCAAAAUUGUUCAUUUUUUGCAUCUUUAUUUUAGAAUAAAUUGUUCUUCUGGC